AUGGCGCGCUCGAUCGAGUGGCUUCAACACCGUUACAGGGGCCUACUAUCGAGAGACACCUCUGAAACAACAGCCCUGCUGUCUUCACCAUUGCCAUCCCAACCACUUCCUUCACGGAGCCACAGAAAUAUCAUCCCAAACAACAGCACCUUCGCACAAGGCUCUCAAAUGUGGAAGAAGGAUUAUCCAAGCAACAAAAUAAGGACCACAAAAUACACCUUCGUCAAUUUCCUGCCAAAGAAUGUCUUUGAGCAGUUUUACCGGUUUGCAAACCUCUACUUUCUGUUCCUGGUUCUUCUGAACUGGUUCCCUUCCAUUGAGGUGUUCUGCAGAGAGAUAACCAUGCUGCCCCUGGUCAUUGUAAUGUCCAUCACUGCUGUUAAAGAUGCCGUUGAAGACUUCAAGAGAUACAAGUUCGAUCAAAAAAUAAACCAAGCCAAGACGCGGGUUUUCGAUAGGAAACGGAAGGAGUAUGUGGAGAGACCCUGGCAGGACGUGGGAGUGGGUGACUUUGUAAGGCUCGCAUGCAAUGAAAUUAUUCCAGCUGAUCUGUUGCUCUUACACACCUCGGAGCAGAAUGGAAGCUGCAACAUCGAGACCUCCAACCUGGAUGGAGAGACCAACCUCAAGCAAAGGCGGGCAGUCAAGGGCUUCGCACAACCUGAGUUUGAACCGGAGAAUUUCAACUGCAUUAUAACCUGUGACAUUCCCAAUAAUGAGUUUAACAAGUUUAAUGGCUUUAUAGAGAAACCUGACAGAAGGAAAAUUGGCUUUGAUAAACACAGCCUCCUGCUUCGUGGCUGCACCAUCCGGAACACCGAGGUCACUGUGGGAAUAGUUGUCUAUGCAGGCCAUGAGACAAAAGCGAUGCUGAAUACCAACGGUCCUCGCUAUAAGAGAAGCAAGCUGGAGAGAAGGAUGAACAUCGAUGUCCUGUGCUGUGUGGGGCUGCUGGUGAUAAUGUGUCUGAUUGGGGCCCUGGGUCAUUGUGUUUGGCUGGGAUCUUUCCCUUUGCGGCCUUUGUUCGAACUCCCAGAUCACAACGGCAACUUUACCUCACCUACUCUGUCUGGCUUCUAUAUGUUCCUCACCAUGGUCAUUCUGCUGCAGAUUUUAAUCCCCAUUUCCUUGUACGUUUCGAUUGAACUUGUAAAACUGGGCCAGAUAUUCUUCCUACACAAUGACGUGGACCUUUACGAUGAAAUCACCAACACCCGUCUGCAGUGCCGAGCUCUGAACAUCACUGAGGACCUGGGGCAGAUUCAGUACAUCUUCUCAGACAAGACGGGAACUCUCACUGAGAACAAGAUGGUUUUCUGUCGCUGCACAAUCAUGGGCACGGAGUUCCCACAUGAUGAAAAUGCAAAGCGCCUGGCUGCACAGAGAGAGUUUGACUCAGAUGAUGAGGACGAGCUCCAGUUGCAGAGGGCGGUCCCUGACAAUCGAAUGCCUUAUGUGAGACGGAAGCAGCCACAGAGCAUCUAUUCCCAGCGCCGGUUCACUUACUCCGAAAGCCGUAAGAGGACAAUAUGCGACAGCCUCCCCUCUCAGCAAGUGGCGUUCAACUCCUCAAUAGAGAAGGAUAUUAGCCCCGAUGAAGUCCUAUUGAAGAGGGUUCAAGGUGCUGUUGUCCAUAUGGACUCGUUGACCCAGAAUCUGGCUAAAAACACCAUUGGGUUGGACAACACUUGUAUCAUUGACUUCUUCCUGGCUCUCGCACUGUGUAACACUGUGGUGGUUUCUACAAGUACACAACCCCGGCAAAGAGUACUGACCCCGUCUCUGCUAAAGCCUUCAGCAAACUCUCUGGAGAGGCUUCAGCAGCUGUUGCGCAAGCUGACCUGGACACAGACCAGUCCGGUUCCCACGCCGAGCCAGUCUGAUUCCGAUGGAGCGGGGUGUUGGCGUAGCAACAGGGCACGCUGCUCAUCUAAAGUUAGCCCAACUUCGUCGCUUCUGACGGAGAGCGUCUCGGACGACACCAGAUCUGGGGCCAACGGUGUCCCCGACUGGCCCCCAGGUGGACAGGUUGGUAACGAGGAGCCUUGGACCAACGGUGAAGCUGUUGAUGAACAGGAGCCAGAGCUGUGCUACGAGGCUGAGAGCCCAGAUGAGGCAGCGCUGGUACACGCUGCUCGAGCCUACAGCUUCACCCUGGUGUCUCGCACACCGGACAGGGUGACCGUAAGACUCCCACGGGGACACCUUCUGACCUUCGAGCUCCUGCACACCCUGGCGUUCGACUCAACAAGGAAGAGGAUGUCUGUGAUCGUCAAGCACCCGAUCACCAAAGAGAUCGCAGUGUACACAAAGGGAGCGGAUUCCGCUGUGAUCGGUUUAUUGGAAGAAUCUGCAAAAGAUAACCUCGAGGAGGAGGCAGAGCAACAGAGGAAAAUAACAGUGAAAACACAGAAGUAUCUGGAUGGCUACGCGAGAGAUGGCCUGAGAACAUUGUGCAUUGCAAAGAAGGUGCUGAGCCAAAGCGAAUACGAAAAAUGGGCAACUUUGAGACAAGAAGCCGAGACCAGUAUUGACAACAGGGAACAACUGCUUCUCGAGACUUCACUGGGCCUGGAGCAGGGCCUCAGAUUAUUAGGCGCCACAGGUAUUGAAGACCGUCUGCAGGCCGGGGUCCCAGACACCAUCAAAGCCCUUCGUGAAUCAGGAAUGCGACUCUGGGUCCUAACGGGAGAUAAACAGGAAACUGCCAUUAAUAUCGCUUACGCGUGCAAACUUCUGGAUCCACAGGACCUUGUCUUCACUUUGAACACCAAUAGCCAGGACACCUGUGAAUCUCUGCUUGACGGCACUUUGGCAAAAGUGGUGAGGUCGAGUGAAACGCAGUGUGGCCCUGGUGUGAAGUUCAGCCCUGCUUCCUCUGGGUUCACAGUCAACCCUGGGCCGAACUUGGGCCUCGUCAUUGACGGAAAGACGUUGAGCCUGAUUUUCCACGGGAAGCUGCAGCAGAAGUUCUUGGAUUUGGCGAGAUGCUGCCAAGCUGUCCUGUGCUGCCGCUCGACACCUCUCCAGAAGAGUAUGGUGGUCAAGCUUGUCCGAGAGCAUCUGAAGGUCAUGACUCUAUCAAUAGGUGAUGGGGCCAAUGAUGUGAGUAUGAUCCAGGCUGCUGAUGUGGGCAUUGGAAUCUCCGGUCAGGAAGGGAUGCAGGCUGUGAUGGCCAGUGACUUCGCUAUCGCUCACUUUAAACACCUGAAGAAGCUGCUGUUAGUUCACGGUCACUGGUGCUACACUCGAUUGGCCAACAUGGUCAUCUAUUUCUUCUAUAAGAAUGUGGCCUAUGUAAAUCUGCUCUUCUGGUACCAGUUUUUCUGUGGCUUUUCCGGUUGCUCUAUGAUUGACUACUGGCUGAUGAUCUUCUUCAACCUCUUCUUCACCUCCCUCCCUCCAUUAAUUUGUGGCGUGCUGGACAAGGACGUUUCCGCAGAAACGCUUCUUGAGUUACCGGAACUCUACAAGAGUGGUCAGCAGUCAGAGGCCUACAAUCUCAGCACAUUUUGGAUGACAAUGCUAGAUGCCUUUUAUCAAAGUCUCGUCUGCUUCUUUGUCCCAUACCUUGCUUAUCAAGAUUCAGACAUUGACAUCUUCACAUUUGGUACACCCAUGAACACGCUGUCUCUCUUCACAAUCCUGGCACAUCUGGCAAUCGAAACAAAAACCUGGACCUGGCUACACUGGGCUUCGAUGAUUGGGAGCGUUUUGUUCUACUUCGCUGUCACGAUUGUGUACAGUGCCACCUGUGUGACGUGUAACCCUCCGUCUAAUCCUUACUGGAUAAUACAGCACCAGUUGACUGAUCCACUUUUCUACUUGAUCUGUUUGAUCACACCACUUCUGGCCUUGUUACCCAGGUACUUGUUUCGCAGUCUGCAAGGCACCGUCUUGAGUUGCCGUGUCCUCAAAGCUCGGCAACUGGACCGGCUAGAGAGAGAGCAGCGAGUUCAAGCCGUCAACCAGUGGCGAGGAUUCGACUGGUCGCCUAGUGUUGCUGCCCUGUCAGUAUCUCAUGCAAACCCAGCUCGCAUGGGCAACGUCAGCCCGGCCUAUUACACAGCGAGUCAUUGCGAUUCCCAGGAACCUUCCCCAGAGCCGGCCAGGAGGAGGAAACCGCCAAACAUCCCAGCGACCGUCCGGGAAGGUCCAGAGUCUUCCUGGCAGGAGAAACAGACACAGGAAGGAGGCAGCCAGGACUCUGCAGCAGGAGGAGCUGCCCAUUCACUGGCGUCAGAAGGAAGAGAGAGUCUCUCUGUGCGCAACUGAGCAAAAAUUAACCACUCGUGGAAACCGCCGUCCAUUGGAAGCCUCACACACUACAGAGCUCUGUGAAGGGGGGAACGGGAGCUUGGUGCCAACUGCACAGAUCUGUCCACAGCCCCCUACACCCCCCCAACCCACCCUACCCCACCCUGCUCCAGCCAGCACUGGGAUAAUGCAGGUUUGA